CUUUCACGAGCAGCGAAGAAUGGAUAGAGCCGCUAACGACACUCCGCUGUUAGCGUGAAACAUCAGUCACAAACAAGUCACACUGAAAACCUUUCUAUCAAGCUCCGGGUUACUCGUGUACAUCUUGUCGUGGCAGACACACACGCCGUGUCCUGAUCGUGUGGAUUUAUCACAGCGAAGGUCUACCACCUCCUUCCUGUGACAAAUGUUGAGGCCAGAGAUCAGCCUGUUCAACAACUGUUAGAGGUGACAGGGCGAGGACGGGGAGGAGUGCUAGUUUGCUGUGCCAGGUUGUGUCUCAUGAGAGUGACUGUGCCAUCCAGGCACUGCCAGUGACUAGGGCUGUGGCUGUGGUGGGCCCGGCCCAGGAGGCCUCUUCGUACAUCACUCCAGGCUCCUGCUGACCUGUGCUGCUCACACCAUGGAUCAACAGAGAGAUAAAUAUGGCGAGCGGCCCGCCAGGAGCACUAAAGUUUCCCAGGGAAGCCGCAGCGGACACUCGUCUCGACCAUCUGGCUCCUCCAGCUCAUCUGGGGUCCUCAUGGUGGGGCCGAACUUUCGAGUGGGCAAGAAGAUCGGCUGUGGAAACUUUGGUGAAUUAAAACUCGGUAAAAAUCUCUACACCAACGAGUAUGUAGCUAUUAAACUGGAACCAGUGAAGUCGAGGGCACCACAGUUGCAUUUAGAGUACCGGUUCUACAAAACACUGGGAACUACAGCUGAAGGCGUGCCCCAGGUGUUUUACUUUGGGCCCUGUGGGAAAUACAAUGCCAUGGUUCUGGAGCUGCUGGGACCGAGUCUAGAGGACCUCUUUGACCUUUGUGACAGGACCUUUUCACUGAAGACUGUCUUAAUGAUAGCUAUUCAGCUGAUUUCUCGAAUGGAGUACGUGCACUCGAAAAACCUCAUCUAUAGAGAUGUGAAACCUGAAAACUUUCUCAUCGGACGGCAAGGAAACAAAAAGGAACACAUCAUCCACAUCAUCGACUUUGGUCUGGCCAAAGAGUACAUCGACCCCGAGACCAAAAAACACAUUCCAUACAGGGAGCAUAAGAGCUUGACUGGCACUGCCCGAUAUAUGUCCAUCAAUACGCAUUUAGGCAAAGAGCAAAGCCGGCGAGACGACCUGGAGGCCUUGGGCCACAUGUUCAUGUAUUUCCUUCGUGGGAGUCUACCAUGGCAAGGACUGAAGGCCGACACGUUGAAAGAACGAUACCAGAAGAUCGGAGACACAAAACGAAACACUCCCAUCGAGGUCCUCUGUGAGAACUUCCCAGAGGAGAUGGCCACCUACCUGCGAUAUGUGAGACGGUUGGACUUCUUCGAAAAGCCCGACUAUGAAUAUCUGCGGACUCUGUUCACUGAACUGUUUGAGCGAAAAGGAUACACCUUUGACUACACUUACGACUGGGUUGGCAGGCAGAUACCCACACCAGUGGGGUCUGUCCAUAUAGACUCUGGAGCAUCUGCUGUGACGAGAGAGAGCCAUCCUCACAGAGACCGACCAUCACAGCACCCACCCAUUAGAAAUCAGACAGCGGUCUCAGAUCGACGAGGAGCAUGGGAGGUGCAGCCCACACGCCAAGCAAACUCCUCCUAUCUGACCUCCCACCUGGCAGCGGACAGGCACGGGGGCUCAGUGCAGGUGGUCAGCUCGACCAACGGGGAGCUGAACGCAGACGAUCCGGCUCAUUCCAACGCUCCCAUUACAGCUCAGGCAGAGGUGGAAGUGGUCGACGAGGCCAACUGCGUGAAAAUGCUCAACCUGUGGUGCUGCUGUUUCUUCAAGCGAAAACGGAAGAAGAACACGCCGAGGCACAAAUGAUCAUCCACCACCGGCCUGAAAGUUCCGAGUGUCCGGCUGAGUUGAUCGUGAUUUCAGAAAUCAAUAAGGUCCCAUUCAGAAUAAAAAGAGGGAGACAACUUUAAGAUCGUGAUUGAAUUGUUCUCUAAUGGGACCCGUUUAAAAAUGGUUUGUUGAGAUAUACAAGAUGCUUGUGUCUUUUGAUGGGAGUCCUUUUUUAAUUGUUUCUUUUUUUUUUUCUUUUUUUUUUUUCCCCCUCCUCCGAGAUGUGUGGGAAUGUUUUGCAGGCCAGUCGUCCAAACGGGGAACCUUUUUGUUGGAAUUUUUGCAGAGGUUUUUGUUUUUUCAUCCCCAAGACACCCAGCAUUUGUGUUUUUCUCUCUUUGUUUUUGCCAUCUUUUUUGCUCCUGUUUUUCUGUGGUAUUGUAAAGGAAGAUACCGAUCUUCCUGUGGAAUCUUGCCACAUUCAGCCUGCUAUGAUUUCUGUUUUCAUUUCCCCUUCUGUCAAGUCCCGGCUCGAAACGGUUCGCCCCGCGUUAGUUUGCUAACUCAUUUUGACACAAAGCCCUUUUGGUCAUUCCUGACGUGGGACUGAAUGUAAACCUGAACACACGAGGAGCCAAGAGUGUCACUGCCUACCUUCAGGCACACAGAGCAUCAGUCUGCCAUUUGGCCCCUGCACUUUUUUUUCCUCCAAAGAGGUCAACCCUGGCACUGGGACCCCGGGCCUGAGAGAACAGAAGACCAGAGACGCCUCCUGCACUGUGUUCUCUGAGGACGAUUUCUGCUCACGCUGCUUGGUUAAAGCACUCCCCUUAACCACGCCGCUGUCAGACACACUACAGUCUCUUUUUGACUCACAUGCAGUUUUGCUCCUGUCGGCUUUGUGAUAAUGAGCAGCAACCUGACACUUGUACAUGGGGCUGAAAAAAAAAAUGCUAUUUAUGCUAUUUAUCUCUUGGUUGCCACCAGUUUUCUUACUAAUUCUAAAACAUACACACUGAAUGUAUGGACAGAAACAUAAAUGACUGUGGAGCGUUUAUAUAAUCUGUCAUGCGCAUGGGAAGGAAAUUGCAGUUUGAGUUAAGACCAAUGUUUAAAAAAAGGAAAAAAGUGAGACCAAAACGAACUGGAUCAGAGGGUGGGAGGGUCUUAAUAAUGUGAUGGUUAAUAACGGACUGUACACCAGUACACAUGGGGAUGUUGCUUUGGAACGACAAGAGAAACUGGCGUGAUGUGCUUUGGAGAUGGAAUCACAGCCUCUCGACGCUACUGUCCAAUGCCUUAACCCCAACCGACCGACCGACCACCACAUCACAUCACCACUUGGAUAAACAAGCUGGCAGCAUGAUGGUUGCGAGAUCUGCAGCGCAAUUCUUUGGGGUCGCUUGUAUAAUAAAGCCCAAAGUUGCGGACUGUUCCCCAGCUAGUAUCAGAGCAGUUAAUGACUUCCCUUGUAACACUGAGGAUGUAUUCCCGAGAGAGCGAUGCCAAAUGGAAGGUUUGGUGUCAUGGUGUUAAGAUGUCCCCCGCCCCGCCUCCCCCUGCGUGUCAAGUCUGAAGACCCCCUGUGCUGCAAAGCGAUGUUUUAAGUUUGGACGACUCUGCUGAACCCACCGGCCCCUCUCCGCCUCGACGCUGAGGGAGGAAACACGAGCGAGGGCGGAUAAGUGAAAGUGUCCAUAGCAUUUUUAUGAUUUUCAUUUAGUGUCAUGGAGGACUGCCUUGAAACAAUAUCCUCGAUAUGUCACCUUGCCUAUCCUCCGAACAGAGAGUGAAUUACCAUACAUAGGUGUUUUAUUUUUUUAUUUUAUAUCUUGCUAAUGUGAAUUUUUUUGUUUUUGUUUUGUUUUUUUUUCCAUUCCAAAUAGCCAUGGUUUUAUGGGGAAAGAGAGGGUAACAAAAAAAAGCUUGAUACCAUGACUGCACUACAUUUGUUGACCCCGGCUUUCCCUGACGAGACCCUGCCUUCUUAAUACUGUACUUUAAACGUGCUUAUUUACUUUAAUUGUAGCUGCCUCGUGUGCUAGGCCUUUUCCUAUAGGGUGCAGGGAAUACACUUUAAAUUGACUUUUAUCCCCACCCGCUCCUUUUAUUUGUGCCAUGACACCCUCCUCCCUAACAUCCACCCUUUCCUCUCUACACACACACACACGCACACACACAGACACAUAAAUGCACACACUCACACAUGCAAGUCCUAGAUGAUUACACUCUGUGCAGAGUAUGGAGAUAGAUUUGUCUCCAUAUUAUUUGUGUGAACAGAUCGACAAUCCAUGUGUUAAUGUGUAAUCUGUAAAUAUAAACCAGUUUCUGAAAAUACAAAAAAAAAGAUUAUUUUGCAAAUAUAAAACAGAUCUGCAAAUACAGAAAAAAAAUUCCACAAAUUAAGAAAAAAAAUCUGAUUGUAUUUAAUUAAUUUACAAAUAAUUAAAAAAAAAAAAAAAAAAAGUGUUUAAAAAAACUGUGUAAAAUACAAAUUCACAAGUGUAGAAUUGAGAUUCAAAAAUAAAAAUUGGAUUCAUUAAUGUCUGCUUGAAAGUUGUAAAUGUUAGGAUGGAAUGAUUUUUUAUUGAUUUGUAAAUUAAUUAAAUGUAUUCACAUAAAUUUAUAUUUUAAAAUUUAGGAAUUUAAAAAUGUAUUUAAAUUUAAUAAAAAUUUAUUUAAAUAAUUUAAGAUUUAUUUGAAUUUAUUUAAAUUUAAACAUGUAUUUUUAGUCUUUGUGUUUGCAUAUACAUUUUAUAAAAAAACAGUUUUUUCUUUUUUUCUGUGGAAGUUGUUUUAUAUUUACAGAUGACACAUAAACACAUGUAUUGUUGACUUGUUCGCACAAAUAACAUCAAGACAAAUCUAUCUUGGUGUCGGAGUGUUAGAUUUGACGUUUUGUGGACCUGCUCCAUCAUCUUUUAGAAAUGUUGUAGAUGUUGCAAACUAUCUCAAUGAAUCAGUAUGUAAACCUGCUUGUUGCGUGUAUUUACACUGUAUAGCUUUCGGUUUCUUCUCACCCCCCCGACAUGUCAGUUACUCCGAGGUCUAAGUUAUUGUGUUAUUGAAAGUACUUGAAUAUGAAAAUCUUACGGGACCUUUUUUCUGUUUGUUUUUAUUUCCUUGGUCAUUGUCAUAGUAAUUCCACACAUAGGAUUUGAGGGGAAUGGUGGGAAAACAGGCUAUUUGAAUGACAGGUAUUCAUUUCUUUGAGAUGUCUUAGUGCCUCUUGAGUGUGUCGGACAGGUGUGAGACUCACCUGCGGAGUCCUGUGCUAGCUGGUGUGAACGACUGGAAGAGGGUCGGGAUGGUGUUUUCACCCAGUUGCAGUCAGAUGUUGGUUUUGAGGUUUAAAAUCACAUUUUCGUCUCCGUGAAAAAUCACCGUUAGUGUACUUUGAUCUGUCGUCGGUGAAAUCCCUCAUUUGCUCAGACACCAAACCUGUGAACAUCUGCUGCCUGUGAUCGACCUCCACAAAGCAUCAGCGGCGCUCGGACUGUUUCGUGUCAGCUACCUGAGAAAAGUUGAAAGUAUUUCUGUGUAGUGAGAUGGAUAUCCAGACUAUAUAGCCUUCAACGUUCCCCCCUGAAUUCCCUGAGUGCCAUUCCUGAGACUACUACUACUACUAGCCCAUGCCUUUUACCUGUGCCAGGAAAAAUAUGAAGUUGAAUGUUUUUUGACCAUUCCACCUUGUGUCCUUGACGUGUCCACUGUCAUUUUGAGAAAUUGCAGAGCAACGUGGCUCAGAUUCAGUACCAGGAAGUGUUGUUAAAGAGUGUCUGGGGAGAAAAAAGUGUUUUAUGAGUCGCUCCUGUUGGUUUCUUUCCCUUACGUUGAAACCAAUAGCAUUUUAUCGACCAUUAUUUCAGAGUUGUGACUGGUCAUCUUUGCAACAUCUGCUUCUUAAACUGUGGGUCGCCUAGCUGUUAAGCUCCCGGCUGAAAUGGUAGAUAUAGAUAUAUUACUCUGAUGUAUUUACUUUUUACUCUCUGGGCCUCAUACAGAGUGAUAUAGGAGUACUCUGUAUGGUUUGUAUCUGCAUGGCUUAUCUGGCGACGACAGCCGCGGCCUCUGUCUCCAGUGAAUCUCUCUCACCUGUCGGGCUCACGCACCGUCGGGUCAGUGAGAUGUUUCGGCUUCCAGUCCUCAUGUAAGAUAAAUAACUUUCUCAUGUCUUCUCACAGCACAUUCCAUUUCAGUUCCCAUUAUUUCUGAUGAUACUUCACUUCGGUCAGACUUGUGUUUAUGGCUUUGGUUGUGUGUAAAUCACAUUCCUGUGUGUCAAAGCUGUGUAAAUCAAAGCAAAGGACAGUUAAAGUGUGAAUGAAUGGCUUUAGGUCUUUAUGGGUUCUCUGGCACUUUUUUCCUUGUUGCUGUACUGUAGAAUUGUCUUGGAUUUACUGUAUAUUUUUCUUUGAGGGAGAGGUUUAGGGUGACAUUUACUGCAAUAUUGUGAUGAUUAUUUGAAAAUUGUAAAUUGUACAGAGUUCACAAUUAUACUCUUUGUUCUUUCUGUUGGGAUUCCAUAUAAAAGAUGUAUUAUUUGAUUUUUUUUUUUUUGUUUUUGUUUUUGUUUCCUCUCAGACUGUGGAAAAUCAAAUUGUACAGCUCCAAGAGUUUAUCCUCCCCUCAGCAUUGUUUUUUUUUUCUUUUUCUCAGAGCUAUGAUUAAGAGAAAUCUUAAAACUGUAAAUAAAUAUUAUUGUGUUAAAAUAUGAAUGUCACUUCAAAAAUGUAUUUGAAUGAGUUAGUCAAGGGCUUCAAGAAUGAAGGACCCACAUUUCUUCUUUUUAUGGUUUCAUAUUUUUAAUUUACAGAAAGGUAAAAGUCCUUUUUAUCUGAGAUGCCUAUGUUUUUUUUUCUCCUCCUUGGAUUCAUAUAAUACAAUGUGUCACACAUGAACCUUAUAAAAUCACUUUUUAUUCCCUCCACACCUAAAGGGAAACUCCAGUUUGCACCCUUUUUUAUGUAAAAUAAAAGAUCUCUCCACCUUG